AUGAAAGAACUGGCAACGCUGUUUGCCUGCUGGCUUGCUUUUGAUUUAAAAUACCGUAUCCUAAUUGUUCCUUGGAGGUCAUAUAGAAGUCAACCCAAGCUGGGCACACAAAGGCUUUAUAUAUGCCAUUCAGGCGUUAAUCCUCUCCAUGGCUCCCUACGUGCAAUGCUUCCUUCUUCCCCACCAGCUCCUCCCUUUCCUUUUGUGGGUAUCACCGUCCUUGUUCUGCUUUAUCUUGUAAUCUUUUAUCUAGUUAGCCAGGACGAUGAUCUAAAUGAAGAUGAAAGCAGCAUCCGUACUGGCAAAGAAGAGAAUUAUUCAGGUUUGUCUAUCGAAGAGAUACAGCAACUCCCUUGGUUUAAUUGUCAUGUAAAUACCACGGCAAUCUGUGGCGUCUGCCUGGAUGGGUUUCAGGUUGGGGAACGAUGCAGGAUCGAUCCAGUUUGUAGUCAUAUAUUCCAUAAACAUUGUAUUGAUCUUUGGUUGGUAAGGAGACCCACCUGCCCAAAUUGCCGUUCCCCCUUCAAACCGAAAGAAACUGUAGAUAUUGUAUGA